AUGAGGAAAUCCAUGAGGAAAUCCAAGUUCCACAAGGACAAGGAUAUCCAGAUUGAAGGAGCAGUCUUUCGAAGUCUGAAAAAUGGGGAUCAGAAAGAAGAAAUACUCUUGGAGUCCUUUUAUGCAGGACAGUCAGAGAUGAAACGAAGUAAUACUAUGAAAAUACAAGUGAAGCUUGAGACACCUGAUCGGCUAAAAACUGUGAACGAUGAGAGCAAUUUAAAAAUGAACCUUGCAUCUCAAGGUGGUGUAAGUGACAGCAGAAAAGAAUCAAGUAUAGAUCAGGUUCGUGGCAGAGCCAUAUAUUGUUUUAAACAACCCAAGGAUGAGAGCAAUUUUGAAGGGUGUAUAGACAAGCUUCUUCUGAUGUUUUAAUGGACUUGAGAAUUCCAAAGCCUGCCACAGGUGACCUUAUAAGUGGUUAUUUUGCUGGAUGAACAUUAACGUCAGACCUAGAUGAUGCACUAAAACUAACCAUUAAAGCAGACAUAAACGGGGAAAAAGUGAAGGGGCUGAUGGCCUAUCGACAGGAAUGUAAAUUUCUCGUCUCUUAGUUCUGCUGGAAAGUUGCAUGCUGUAGGUAGCCAACGACCUGUACAGCUAUUGAAUUAGUUAUCUGAGAAUAUUCGUGACAAGCAAAAUAAAUCCAGUUUGCCAAAUCACAGAAUUGUUUCAGGAUGAUAGAAGCGAGUGUAAUGAAGUUGAAGAAGUAAUAACUUCAAGAACUGGUGACCCUCAGAAGCAUAAUGAUGGAGUGGAGGAUUCAGCAGAACAUAGGCUGCCUGGAGACAAGAUGGUUCAAAGGGUUCUGAUGAAGCUGCAAACUCAAAAUCCAAAGAUUUAAACGCCUUGAUUCCUGGUAUAUUGAACUUGGCACUGGGUUUCAUAAAGGAUUCUUCAACUUCACAUUUGCCUGUUGUCUUGAAAUCAUUGAUUUUGGACGAAACAUGCCUCCUGCUCCAUCAUCCUCAGCUCGUAAGGCUAGUUAAUCAACCAAGCAAACAUAAGGAAAGAUGACAAGUUAUGUUGCCAAAACACAAAGUGGCACCAAUUCCAGGUGAAGAAAAUAUGGGAGAGGUUUCAGAAAAUUCAGCAAAAGGUCACUAAGUUAACUAUUUUCUGGAUUUAAAGCAUCACAAAGUUAGUUGAACCUUUCAUAAUUUUGCCUAUGAGCAUAUGGUACCGGAUUUAAAGGAAGAAUUUCCUUUUUAAUUUGUGAAAGCUUUGGGCAAAGAGGUCAUGAGUGAUGAUGUGACUUGUUCAUUGUACUCUCAGGUUGAUUUUGUUUAACCAAACACAACUCAAACGAAUCGAGCAGAGCAAUCAACCAGCUCCAUGUACUCUUUGUCAAAAGGGUGAAGUACCCCUAUUCUUAUACAAUUACCUGCUUGAUGUAAUUUUGCAACGAACUUUGAGUG